AUACAAUUCUGCGUCUAUUACUGCGUGCAUAUGGUCUGCGUGCCAAGUUGGAUAGGCACCGUCGUCGAAUGCAUGGCGUCAAAUGCGCAUGCCUCAACUUUGCCUUACCCUUCGCAUAAUUUGACUUUUCGAGGACUCAGAUCUUCAGAUUUUAGAGAUCUCGCGGUUUGAGUAUCCACCCCCACGUGUAUGAGCCCGAGGAAUGGUGAGGGCACAGACCUAGCUACGGCCAUAUGUCGACUCGAUCAGGUCGAUGCUCCUCUAGUAACUGCCAAACAAUCUGAUUUUCAAGGAGGCUCGUAAACGUAAACCUCGCAUAGUUUUCAGUUGCUAUAUCCCAUGAUUUUUGAAUGGAGGCCUCGGUAUACCAAGUUCCGAAGAGGUGAGAGCCCGAGAAGCUACCCGUGCGUCCUCGCCAUGUCUUGAAGAAUAUAAAAUGGCUCGCAACUUCAUUUAAUAUUCAUCACACUCGUGUACUAGCAUGUCCAUUGUCCGAGCCGUCCAACUUCUGUCCGCUUUACUUGUCGUCGGGGCCCAGACAGCUGGUGUAGCAACCUUCAAUGACUAUGAUGAUCAAGGGGGUGUAGCUUGUCCAGGUUUCACGUCCACCAACUCUCAAGGAAAUGGAGUUUACGCAGCUGCGAUGGGUGAUUUAUCACCCCUGUGGACUGGUCCUGAAUGCACCGGUAGCAUCAGUGGUAGCAACUGCGAUAAUUCUGGCGGAUGCCUCGACUGCACUGGCCCAUCUUGCAGUGGAGAGGGGCAGUGUGGCAGCUGUUACCAAAUCACCUGUAUGGAUUGUUACUUCCACUGGCUUGACAAGCGGAGCUUGUACGGGAAAUAGCAUUAUCGUUAAAGUGAUAGAUGCGUAAGUUAUCCCUGCCACUCACCCAGAGAACUAUUGCAAGCUCUCUCAAUUCGGAGGGGACACCCCACCUAACCAAUGCUGUGAAGCAAGCGGCGUGAAUGCAUUCGACAUCGCUACGAGUGCACAGAGCAUCCUGUCCACCUACAAAUACAAUCUGAACAU